CGUGAGACUAUAUAAGAAAGAAACAAGUCAGGUGGAGUCGCAUUCAGCUAGAAGCAACGUUAAAUUAUUCUAUUUAAUAAUAAUAUUAUCAACUCGAACCUCAGUUACUUGGCAACAAGACAAUAUGAAGAUUGCAAUUUUAUUUAUGUCUUUGUUGGGACUUUCAACAUGUGCACCAGUGUUUAUAAUUAGUAGUGAUGAAAUACAACAAAAUCCAACACCUUAUGCACAUGAGGCUGUAUUAAAAAAUUCAGCAAUGGAAUCAUUACUUCCAUCUGAACUUCGAAAUCAUUUUUAUGAUAAUCCACAUACAGCAGCUGGUCUUGCACAGCAAUCUUGGCUUGGAUAUAAAGAAAUGCAGGUAAUCAAUCGAGAAGCGGACAAGAUACCACGAGAAAAAAUAUUCCAUGCACUUCAAAAUGCUGGAUUUGCACGUUAAAAGAUAUUGACCUCAUUAAUCACACUCAUCUCUCACACACAUGACGAAUAGACAUAUUUUAUUUAUUAUCAUAAAUUUUAUUUUUUUAUUCACGUGAAAAAUAUAUCACAAUUGACUAUACAUACCAUUAUUGAUAUGAUAAUUUAUUUAUGAUAGUAUCAUGUAUUACAGAAUGAAUGGAUCAAAAUUAAUUAUUUAUUUUUUUAAUU